AUGGCAACGGAAGAUGCUCCAACUGGAACCACCUCCAAAGCGCUGCCAGCAAUCGAGUCGACCCCGCAUCAACAGCAAACCCCCCAGUCCUACCACCCGUCAACCCCCAAUUCAAAGAGAAGACACUCUCUCCCCUUGCAUUUCCUUCCUCCAACACUUUGGAAUUUCAACUCCUCCGCGACGAGCCUCGUAGUAGAGUCAGAAGAAGCCGCUCAGGGAGAGCACAUUCUAGACGAGGCUACUAUUGCUCACCGAAUCGGGGCACUUCGCCAGCUCAAUGGUGCAACGCGAUCUGGCCAUCGAUAUGCAAAGUCAACCGGAGCCAAAAACAGUACCUUUAGUCAACCUGUGAUAGUUCGAACAUAUUCAGGAGCAACAAGACCGACUUCCCAGCAAAGAGAUCUCGUCACUGUUAAGGAAGCAAAUGGGCACUCGAAAAUGAGUUCUGCAAAGAUUGAUUUGAAGCUCCCCCCGGUUGAGGCUUUUAGUUUCAAAGGAAUAAUGGAAGAGAUCAGGAAUGGGGUAUCAGAUGAUUUAGAGAGAAUUGCCGAGAUAUGUGCCAGGAGCAAGUACAGCUUGAGCAAUCAGUACGAGGUCCACAUGCCACCUCAUGGACGCGGAGAAUCCUUCCUACCAAGCGGUCGUCCUCCCGUAUCGAGUACGAACAAUGUAGGACCUACGCUACAGGCGGUCGGAUCGGAUGAUGAGCAUGGUAGGCAAGCAGGACGAGGAUCCAGAGGCGGUAGAAGAGCGAAAUCGGCAGCAUAUGGCACGUUGGAGACGAUUAUGUCUUCGUCAAGAUCAUCUGACGAAGAUAAUUCUAAAAAGAUGUCUGCAGCAGUACUUGCAGAAGAGGUCCGUGGCCGAGCCACAAUGAAGGGGGUGGGUACGGAUACACCAUCGAACGUGAAAGAGCUCGCUGGAAUCGGGUCGUCCACGCAACGACCGGGCCAUGCUCGAUCCAAAUCAGCCACCUUUGCCUCGGUCGUUAUUGACAGUGCUCAAGGGUCCAAGAAUGAUUCUUCUACAUCUCAAGUGCUCUCACCAAGCUCACUGAUCAGUGAGCCCGCUCGGCCGAAAACUUCAAUACCGGCAGACCUUGUUAGCAAGCCGGUCUUCGGUGAUACUCCAGCAACGCCUACUUUGCAAAGCCUUAUGUCAUUGAAGCCUGCUAUGAUCGAGAAUCAGUCUCGGGCAUCAGCACACAAGUCUGAGUCCACUCCUAAGCCGUCCAUCCUCGGGGGCUUGAGUUCUUGGUUGCCCUGGAACAAGCCUCAGCAGGCCAGCUUUCCUGGCACACGUAGAAGUGCAUCGCAUGCUGAAGGCAGUCUCAGGGAAUUACUGAAAGCGACUGAUGUCGAUCCUAAAGGGAAAAGGGUUGAUCGUUUCGGUUAG